AUGGCGACGAAUCCACUCAUCACAUUCAAGGCUGGCAGAUGCACGUUUGCCGGCCGCAAAGUCACCCCCGCCGACACCAAAGGCUACGUCUACCUCUACCACGAAGAUGAGCUACUUCACUUCUGUUGGCGUCCACGCUCAGCACCAGCCACCGAGCCCGAAAUCGACCUGCUCAUGUUCCCACAAGACGGCACAUUCUAUCCACUUCCAAAAGAGCAAGGCACAGAGGAGCUUCAUUCGCCUACCAACGGUCGCAUCUUCGUGCUCAAGUUCAAUUCGAGCAGCCAAAAGUACUUCUUCUGGAUGCAGAGCAAGGCAAGAGGUGAUGACCCCAGCUUGUUCAGUCUGAGAGAUCAGAGAAUCGGUCAGAUCAUCGACAGCCUCCUUCAGGGCGAAGACGUCGAUGUAGCGGGCGAGCUGGAAGAGGUUCGUCUCGGUGGAGACGGUUCUGGUCCGAACGGUGAUGCAGAUGCUAUGGAAGUGGACGGCGGACCAUCUCUGGAGAGACAGGAGACGGGUGGCGCUGGACAGGACGCAACUGGCGGCGAUCCGCGAGAAGAGGGCGAGGCGAGCAGAGAGGGAGGCGCGGACGGAGGCAGAGCUGCCGCAUCUUCCUCAUCAGCACCACAAGACACCAACGCAAUUGUACAAAAUUUCCUCAAGUCGCUCAAGGGUGGCGGUGGCGGAGGACAGCAACAAGCAGACAAGCCUUUCACGACCCUUCCGGACCUCCUCACGCCGUCUACAACGACGGCCUACAUCGCCAGCGCCUCAACACAGCAACUCGACCAGCUUUGCAGUUUCCUUCCUCCCGAGCUCUUCCUCCUAGCCCAAGAAUCUUCAUCGACAACAUCUUCAGCAGAGACGACGGCCGCCGCGGGCCAAGCAGCCAUCGAAGCACUAUCCACAAGUCAGAAGAAGGAGAUCCUUAACAAGGUUCUCCACUCGCCACAGCUCCAGCAGAGUCUUGGAUCUCUGACGGUGGCAUUGAGAGACGGUGGACUGCCGAUGAUUGGCGAGGCUUUGGGAUUACAGGUGGAGAACGGUGGUCUUAUCAGGCAUGGCAGCAUGCCCCUUGGUGGUGGCGAAGCGGUGGAAGCCUUCGUCAAGGGCGUCAAGAAGAGCGCAGAAGAGGAGUCGAGGAAGAAGUAG